AUGUGCCUGGAGCGUGUUAGGGAUGAAGAGCCUGCCCAAGUCUACCCAGAAGUACCACGAAGGCAAUACCCUUCAGAUGUUUCUGCCAGCCAGUCUUUGGAUAAACGUAUCUACAACAUGCAGAACCUAAGGAAAGAAAAGAGGAAAUUGGGAAAAAGGUUUGCAAGGCCUGCGCCUAUUCCAGAUCCAGGAAUCCUGUGGACAAGUGAUUGAGCCUGGAGUCUUCUAGAAGAAACCAUUCUCAAGACAAAGAUGUGAACUUUUGACAUUGAAUAACAAACAGGUCAUGGCUUAACAUCAUCAAAAAAUAAUGUUCCACCAUUCUGCAAAAUAAACACAGAGCUUUCACUCAACAUCCAGGCUGUGGGCUUCUAAAUUUUAAUAAGCUUAUAACUCAUCACUGUUUUUUUGUGGUAAACUGGUAUCUUAAAUACUAUGUAAAGAUUUUGAAAAUAUAUUUAUAUUUAAAUUGUUACAAUUAGG